CUCUCUCUUUCCCCCUUCCCCACCCCAUCCCAUUUAUUCCCUUGGCAACUGAAGUGGCAGGCAUCGCAUUGUGACUUCACUGCAGAGGGUGGGAGAUGAUAAGUGAAAAAAAAUGGCUUUUAAAACUCGUCUACUUUUUCAUCUCUUUUAUCAAGUCAGUGGUUUGGGGUCCAUUUUCCCCCUCCACGAAUCUUCUGAAAAAGUUAACGCCGCUGGAGUGACAGAACUUUUAUAGCUGGCAAAAAUGUGCGAUUCGGUACCAGCAUUGGAUCGAAUGCUGAAGUGGAAAUGUUUCGAUCAGGGAGCAUCUCGGGGAGCAAUCUAUUUUCAAUGGCUGAUACUUCACCAACGUAAUCAAACGGCUUUUUAAAAAGAAUUUCAGUCAAGGCCAAGUUAAUUUGUUGCUUUCAAACAAAACUGGGAAGAUACGGAAACUUCACUUUGGAUCGAAUUUUGUUUCUGAGUCCAUUAUACCCGUAUUGCUUACGGCGACUUAUUUUUGUGUGCUGACUCAAACGUUUUUCUGGUUCCGAGUUUUUAAAAACUAGAUUUCUCUUUUAGAGCCACUAGGUCUUGGCAGCCUCUUGGAACCCUGUCAGUUGAUCAGCUUAGAGCCAUUAAUUUGCUCUAAGAAUAGUAAGAGGAGAAAAAAGGGAGCAGUGAGCUCGCCCUCCUCCUUUCCCUGCAGCGUGAAUUUGUCCCUUCCCGCUGAGCUGCACACCUGGUGUAUUAUUUAACACAGAAGGCUUGAGCAGAGCAUAUGCAGAAAUAGAAAAGGGACAGAUGGAAGCCAAAGCACUGAACUUCAGCAAAUUCUGCUGGGUUGCAGCCAGACAGAGCUGUGCAGGGAGACAGAGGUGCAUUUUGGCAGCCAUUAAGAAGAGCCCCAGGUACGAUAUUAUUACAUGGUGAAUUUUCUCAGAAGUAGGUAUGGUUAAAUCACACCAGACAUCAUUUUUUUUUAAUAGCUGCUGAUCUGUUUUUUCUACAGUGCCAGUUCUGCAGUUAACCAGACAUUCGGUGUGGCGUGAAGCAUCUCAAGGCAAAUGCAGAUUUGGCUUCUUCUACCAAAGAGACAUGGGAGCUAGAAAAGUCCCUGCCGGUUCCGUUUAGAUGCCUCCCUCAAAUUUAUUACGCUUCACUGCCGCUUUGAUCCAUCGGAGAACCUUCCCUUGGACGUCAAAGCUUGGAGGCAAACAUCUCUUACUGCGCCACUGUCUUGGACCGUACGUCCUUGGAGCAGGGAAGAAGAGCUGUGCCGAGCUGCUUCCUCUCAACGAAGCCGACUUGGAAGAACAGUUUGUCCGGGGCUCCGGGCCCGGAGGCCAAGCCACCAACAAAACCAACAACUGUGUGGUUCUGAAGCAUCUUCCUUCGGGGAUUGUCAUCAAGUGCCAUCAGACCCGAUCCCUCGAGACCAACCGCUCCAAAGCCCGAGAGAUCCUUCAGGAGAAAGUGGACGUUUUCUACAAGGGCCAGUCCAGCGUGGUCCUCCAGGAGAAACACGAGUUCCAGAAAAAAAAGGAAGAGAAGAGACGGCAAGCCAAGAAAAACCUGGAGAGGAAGCGGCACUUGAAAGAAAUGCUUGGCCUGGAGGGCAAGAUAGGAACGUAAAGACAGUCUCGGCUGUCCAAAAAACGGACAACCUACUCUAAUCAAUGCCUAUUUCUUUUAAGAACUCGGCGGUUCAGCAGAAAACAACACAGUACAAUCAGUGCUUGAAUUAUUAGCACGAUGGAGUCAUUCUCCCCCCCCCCCAAUUUCACUGAGGGCAAGAGAUCCUAGCAGAUGGCAGAGAAGAAAACCCCCCUCCUCAUUUCCCAGGGCCUAGAUCGCAGCUUUUUUGGGGGGGGGAUGUCACGUAAUAUAUUUCUUCUCCUUGCAUAUUCUUUUCCGGAACUUUAAAAGAACAAAUUAUACAGGCUUGUUUGCUGCCAUUUGGUAAUGUGCCAAAAGUUGCAUUUCGCUCCCCGAAACGUUAAAUCCAGUUGUCGAGUUGAUGCGUUCAAUCCGUUAUCGAAGAAAACUUUGGCAUCCCGGCGUUCAAUCAGGGAAAAGCUGGAUCCCUUUUCUGGAAUCCAUCCGAAUGUACGCUUACUUUCCUUUUCUUAAUCGUUUCCAUCUCCUCUGUUCGUCCUCGUGUAAUAAUUUUAAUUACUUGUCCAGGCCCAACAUCCCCCUCCCAAUGGCUUGCCACUAUUUAACUACAGGAAUUACUGAAAAUAAGCUUUAUUACGUCAAGUAAUAAAUACAUACAAAGAGGCAAAGUUGCAAUUUAAAUCCAGGGAUGAGGGGAGAGAAUUGUUAAUACGGGGCUGAAAAUUGGCUGUUUUCUGCUUGGGAGGAAAUUGUGCGUUUUUUGGGGGAGAUGGUUGGGGAAAACUCAUGCAAAGAAAGGGACGUUUUCAGAGAGAUUGUUUAUGGUCUGUGUGCCAAAAAAAAAUAUUAUGGCGCUUGAAGGGCAGAUGGCAGGCAGGUUUAGAAUCCUUCCAGCUUAAAAACAAUUCCUGAAAUCGUUGGGCUGGGAAGUUAAUUUGGGGGUGAUUAAGGCAAUUUUUCUCCCCCCAAAAAAGAGGCUUACCCUGCAAAUCCUAAGAAUUUACCUGGGUGCGUUGUGCAGGAUUCUGGUGUGUUUGUGGAUGUCCACAACUCAUCGACGCAAAACCUACUGAUGCAUUGUAUAGAAAAACGCCAGUAACGCAAGGAGGGAGAUUUCCGAGAGGGGAACCUGUCCAGCUUUUAUUUCAGCCGAGGGAAUCUCUGGAAAGCUGCAACGGAUUCCCUCAACCGGCCCUGAACGCAGACCGGAAAACGAUCUUGAGAGGUUUGCGAGUCUGGAAAGCGAUGGCAGAAAGUUUGAGAGGGGAUGUUGGGUGCAGAUGGCAAAAUAAAUGGGAAAGAAGCAAAGCUUUUGUUGAGCAGACUUUGGGUGGAAAAAGAACAAAAAAAAACAGCCCUCUGAACCCAUUUCCAUUCUUCCAAGGGGUGGGGUUCUUUUUUUUCCUCUUUUUUAAUGGAUCGAUCCAGGAUGGUGGCUUGCAGAAAGAAUAAGAGUCAAAAGUAAGUUUGUGAAAGGAUAGAAACAUCUUGAAUUGGAGCAGGAAUUCAACGGGGGCCCAGCAAUCUUCGGCCACCGUUCUCGAAAAGGGGAACUAUCAUCCCAAAUUAGAAAGAAGCUGUGUAGAAUUGCCAGUUUGGAAGGAUUGGUCUGCAUUUUUUUCCAGAGGAACGGGGAAGGGAUCACUUGGGAGGCAGGGGCCGAAGGGAUCUUAAGAUCUUGCAUUUCUCUCCGUCUCUGCUAAACAUUCUCGGACCAGGCCUCUGGCGUGAAUGAUACCUGGAAAAAUAAAUAAAAUAGGGUUUUUU